AACAACUACGUUUAAACGUGCCUCCAGUCGUUUUAAUCCGAAAACACAUUAUGAAUCCCAAAGAAGACGCGUUAAACCAUGUUCAGUGGAUUACGGUGCGGCCACACAGGAAACGCUCGUGCAGGCACCUUCCACCUUGAAGUUUGAAGUGUUCACUGAAGCUGUGCAAAAGACACAUACACAGGAGAAUCGGAAG